AUGACUCAAGAACUUGAAAAUUUACCAAAAAUUGAAGAGCUUAAAAAUGAGAUGGAAAUGACCAUUAAAAAAUUUACAGUUUAUUCAAUUACGAAGGUUGUUGAUGGAGAUAGGUUUGUUACAUCAAAAUUAGAAGCAAUCAAUAGAGAGAGAGAUAGCUUCAUGAAAUUUGUUGAAAAAUCAAUAGAUGAGAGUAACAAGUUGCAUUCUUUUGCUGAAAGCUUGAUUGUUUUUGCCGAGUGUUGUGAGGAUAAAAGCAUCAGUGAUGAUGAAUUAUUAGAUGCUUUAAAAUCAUUAAAAGUUGAGGCAAUUAAUAAUAGAAAGUCUGCCGAAAAUUUAAAAUAUGAAAUAGAAAGAAUUAAACCAAAUCUCAAAAAAGUUCGUAAGGAUUUGAUUAAUUAUAAUACAAAGAUUGAAAAAAGCAGAAAAAAUAUGGAUUCACCCACCCGAGACAAAUUGUCCGAAGCAAAGUUUUCAGCUACAGGGGGUUUAGUUUUAGCAGGUGUGGGUCUUUUUGUAUCGUUGUUAGCAAUACCAUUUACUGGUAGUGCAUCAGCGAUUCCAGCUGCAGAACUCAUAGCUGGAUUAGGAUCAGGAGCUUUUUUUGUUGGAGCAAAAAAUGUAGCAAAUCAGAGUAUACAAUAUUGUUAUAUUAAUUACAAGUUAAAAGGGGAAAGAGAUAAAUUGGUUGAUCAAAUUGGAGAAUUGAAUAAUGGGUUGGUGAAUGUUUAUGUUGCACUUGGUAAAUUUAUAACACAUUUUGAUGAUCAGGAAACUCAUAUAAAUGAUUUGAUCGAGAAAACACAAUCUAAUGGUAGUACUGUAAGAAUUUCAAACUAUACUGCAAGAGUCAUUGCUAAAAAGUGGAAGAAAAUUUCACAAGAAUCGAUGCAAUACACUACUACCAUGAGAAAAUUACUUUGCCAUGUUUACGAACUAGAUAAUCUACAACCAAAAAAGUAUUGA